AUGUCGUACAGAAUCGCUGCCCCCGAUGAGUACCUGGCCAUCACUGGUAUGGGCAUAAAAAAUGUCCAUAUCACAAAGACAGCCUGGGUAUGGCCAUUCCAGAGAUGUAGCCGCUUUAGUGUACAACCCCAUGACUAUGCUAUGAACCUGCAGGCCAUGACAAAGGAGAAGCUCCAGUUCCUUCUGCCCGUCGUCUUCACUAUUGGUCCAGAUGUCAACGCCCGCGGCGCCAAUGCAAAGGGGGCUAAACAAGCUGCACAUGCUGGUUCUAGCAGCCAGGCGGACCACGUCAAUGACGAGGACCGCGGCGACGCCUUGAUGAAGUUUGCCAUGCUGCUCGCCGAGAAUGACAACUCCAAGAUCUCCAAGCAUGGCCUCGAACAGAUUGUCAAGGGUAUCAUCGAAGGUGAAACGCGAGUGCUGGUCUCCAGCAUGACCAUGGAGGAGAUCUUCACCGAGAGAGAAGAGUUCAAGCGCCGCAUCUUCCGAAAUAUCCAGGGCGAGCUUGACCAAUUCGGACUCAAGAUCUACAAUGCCAACGUCAAGGAACUCAAGGAUGCUGAGGGCUCGGUAUACUUCCAGUCGCUCUCUCAGAAGGCCCACGAAGGCGCCACCAACCAGGCUCGUAUCGAUGUCGCCGACGCCCGGCUCAAGGGUACCGUCGGAGAGGCGGAGCGCCACGGUAAACAAGAGCAGGAGAUCGCCAAGAUCAACGCCGACACAGCCGUCAAGAAGACGGAGCGCGACGCCGAGCGCGCCCGCGCAGAAGCCGCACUCAAGACCCAGGAGACGGCCUUGAACCGUGACGUGGAGCUGGCGCGCAUCGAGGCCGCGCGCUCCACCCAGGCCCAGGACGAGGACCUCAAGAAGGCGGUCGAGGUGAAGCGCGCCGCCGCCGAGCUCGAGCGCCUGCGCGCCACGGACCUCGUCAAGGCCCAGAUCAAGCGCGAGUCGCAGCAGCAGGCCGCCGACGCCAAGGCGUACGAGAUCACGGCCGACGCGACGGCCAACUACGAGAAGACGACCAAGAGCACCGACGCGGCGGCCUACAAGACCAAGGUCGACGCCGAGGCGUACAGCCAGGCGGCCAUCAAGAACGCCGAGGCGCGGCUGCAGGAGAAGCUCAAGGAGGCCGAGGGUAUGGCGGCCAUGGCCGAGGCGUACGGCCGGCUGGGCCAGGCGUUCGGCGGGCCCGCCGGCCUGCUGCAGUACAUGAUGAUCGAGCGCGGCACGUACGUCGAGCUGGCCAAGGCCAACGCCGAGGCCAUCCGCGGCCUGAACCCCAAGAUCAGCGUCUGGAACACGGGCGCGGCCGGCGCCGGCGGCGAGGGCGGUAGCCAGGACAGCGCGGCCACCAUGCGCAACGUCUACCAGAUGCUGCCGCCGCUCAUGACGACCAUCAACGAGCAGACGGGCAUCACGCUGCCCGAGUGGCAGUUCGGCCGCCUCGCCGGCGAGCUGGGCCACGGCGUCGACAAGAACGUCGCCCAGGUCAACGGCAAGAAGCGCGAGAACUGA